AUGGACAAACUCCCCGUAGAGAUUCUUUCCAAAAUCAUUGACUAUCUCAGCCCUCAUGAAAAGGUCCAGCUGCAGUCCGUCUCGAAGCGAUUCUUUAGUCUCACCCGGGACAAUACUCUGUGGAGAUUGCACUGCUACGAGGAAUCAUGGAUCGCGGCCGAGAGACUGCGUCCGGCCAUCUCGACCUCCGGGAGUCUGGUUACCAACUCGGCUGCGUCUCUUAGUUCUCUGGGACCGACGUCUCUACGCUCUCUGAUCCAACCACAAGCGGAACGUCUGCGAAAUGCACAGGCGGCGCUCAACUCGUCUUUUGGGGAACGGUCCCGCGCAGCCGCUGCGUGGGAUCCAUCUUAUGAAGGGGAGGAAGUCGAUUGGUAUUCCGAAUAUAUUGCGAGAAGCGCCCCGAUUUCCUUCAGCUGGCUGCAACAACCGUUCACACCAGACCCUCAGAGCAAGAAGAGACACAAUCGCGAAGUCAAAGGCCUUGGGUUGCUGAGAGAUUGGAGCUCCUCCAGAGAAAACAAGGUGAUUGCACCACUGGACGACGGGAGUGUCUGCAUUUGGGAUAUCAACCAUUCCCAUUCUAUUGGGUCGCAAACGACCAAAGGCAAAGUUCUCGGGACCAGUGAACCGGGAAUCCUGAUGACCGAUAUGUCCCGGAGGAGGACCAACGCUGCGUCGAAGACCCAGCUAGAGUUCAUCAACCUGGGGGAAUGUGUGAGCGUGGACUCGAUGCGUCGGAGAGCAUAUCUAGCUGUGGGAAACAUUCUCAACGAAGUCGAUCUGGAAACACUUCGGGUCAUCUCACAGCAACGCUAUCCAUGGUCCAUAUUUGCGCUGUCCCAAGAGACAGACUACUCCGUGCCAUUGACGCUGGCUACGACCCUAAGUCUCCACAUCUACGAUGCUAGGAUGACUGCAGUAGAAGAGGAGGCAGCCAUCAACUUGCGCUGUGAAAAGCCGACAGUUAGUCUCGUUCCCGAGUCACAACUGUACGCACCACCAGACUCCCCGCUCCUACAACUACAGCCCAACGGGCAACCCCCGCACCGAAUACGAAGCCCUGGUCCUUCGGAGCACUACGACAACUAUGCACCGUUAUUCCAGCCCGGGCCUCUUUCACUCCUACACCCACCCGCCCCGCAUGUCAACGCGAUUUUCCUCGCUGGCCGCUUCCCGAGCAUAUUGCAGUAUGACCGGAGAUUCUUCCCUCGAUUACAAAGCACAAUUCAUUCUGGUGGGCGACUCUGCGGGCUUGCUGCAGCGCCAGCCCCGCGAUUCCCGGUAUUUUCGAGCUCGUCCUGGCCGGAGUCGCACCGGGUGGUGGCCUGCGGCGAGUAUAAAGGCCGUGGCUCGCUCGAGAUAUACAAGCUUACGGCUUCCGGUGCUAGCCAAAACGAGCCAUCGGAUUGGUCAUCUAGUCUGUCGACGGUGUAUCAGAAUCGGCAGAGCGCCGCCAGGUCGAAGGUACUGUCUGUCGAGUCACACGGUACCCGACUGGUCUAUUCGGAUGCCGAUGGCAACAUCAAGUGGGUGGAACGAGAUGGGCGAUCUGAAGUCCGUCGGUUCAAUCUGAACACGCACAAACCACGUCCGAAACAUAGAAGAGAAUCUUACGGGUCAGACAACGACCACAACGAUGACGGGCAUUCUCUUUGGAACAGGCCAUCCCGUGAAAACGAUGAAGUGGCUCGCAAGAUCCUCCCUACCGGUGGGAACCUCACAGGAGACGAGCUGCUCAUCUGGACGGGUGAGCGCGUCGGACGCCUCAGGUUUGCUCAUUCCACAAACGUGGAGGAUCAUGAAGAUGAUGACGACACUAUGUCUAUCGAUGAGGACAUGGAUGAGGCCACACGCCAAGAGAGGCGACGAGCCAACCGCGACAUGCAGCGACGGGACCGAGAAUAUACCUGGAUGAUGAGGAGGGAGCUCGCCCGACAGGCCGACGAGGUGCGCCGCAUGGGCAAUUUGGGUUUGUGA